AUGUCGGCCCUGAGUGACGUACGUCCGGCGCUGCGCCUGCUGUUGCAGACGGUGUCGGUGGCGGUGUCGGUGCUGACGCUGACGUUCAUCAGCGUGGACCGCUGGUACGCCAUCUGCUUCCCGCUGCGCUUCAACUCCACGACGGGCCGCGCCAAGACGGCCAUCGCCAUUAUCUGGCUGCUGGCUCUGGCGUUCGACAUCCCCGAGCUGGUGGUGCUGCGCGCCCGGGGCCGCGACUGGGACUCGGUGCUGCUGACGCAGUGCGAGGGCAGCUGGAGCUACGACUCGGAGAUGGUGUUCCACGGCGCCAAGAGCCUGCUGCUGUACACGCUGCCGCUGCUCUUCAUGUCGGUCGCCUACUUCCAGAUCGUGCGCGUGCUCUGGCGCUCCGACAACAUCCCGGGCCACGACGACCACAACGGCGACGUCAUCAGCUCCAAGGAGGCGGGACACCACGCCACUUUCGCGCCGUCGGGUAGCGUCGGCAGCCGUCGGGUGCCGAUGGCCGGCAACUCGACCACGGAGGCGCAGCUGCGGUCGCGGCGCAAGGCCGCCAAGAUGCUGGUCGCCGUCGUCGCCAUGUUUGCCAUCUGCUACCUGCCCGUCCACCUGCUCAACAUACUCAGGUAUACCGUCGACAUCCCGCAGAAUGACACCACGAGCGCCAUCUCGAUGCUGUCGCACUGGUUGUGCUACGCCAAUUCCGCCGUCAACCCAGUCAUCUACAACUUCAUGAGCGGGAAGUUCCGCGCAGAGUUCCGGCGGCUGUUCUGGACGUGCGCGUACGGCAGCAACCGCUACUCGCCGGCGCCCGGCGCGGCUCCCUCGGCUGCUAUGGUGGCCCGCCACGGCGGCGCGCGCCAGAGGCCUGGGGGCGGCGGCGCCGCGUCAUCUGCCGGCCACGAGAUGCGCUCGCUGUACCGGCGCGGCCCCGGGCCCUGA